AAAUUCAACACACUAGACGUGUGCACCUGCUGACACGCCCACUCUGAGCUUACCAUGCGUCCCUCUGUUUACACGCUGUUCUGCUAUCACAAAUUUUCUUUUAAGGACAAAUUUACCGUGUCCCCUUUAAGCGAAUGAUAUUCGAGAAAAGCCGGGAUUCUCUGUUCGUAUAACGUCUGGAUUAGGCUGUUAGAGUUUAGUGUAGGUAUAUUGUGAGUUAUUCACACUUCAUUUGGUAUGGGCGCGGCUCAGAUAUGAAGAACACGAAGACCUAUUGAAACAGAAAAAAUAGAAACACUCUCUACUGAUCAUCCAUAUUACAUUUGGACACAGCUCUAUAACAACAUGCAGAAGACGUUAUUGCUCUCUCUUUUAUUAUUAUUUAUGGGAGGUGUGUCUGGUGGCAAUGAAACAGGGUCAGUGUCUGUGAUGGAAGGAGAUUCUGUCACUCUACACACUGAUGUUAGUGAAAUAAAUAAUGACGAUACUUUACUGUGGGUGUUUGGACCUAAAGAAUAUGUCAUUUCUCAAAUAACGAGAAAGAACGAUUUGACCUCAUUUUUUGUCACCGAUGAUGAGAGAUUCAGAGGCAGAUUGCAAGUGGAUCAAAAGAUUGGCUCUCUCACUAUUAGAAAUACAAGGAUCACACACUCUGGACAAUAUAAACUAACGAUCUCGAGAGAAAAGACUACGACCAAGAUAUUUAGUGUUACCAUCUUUGGCGUUGUUAACGAGACGGAUGGAAUGAAGUCAGUCUCAGUGAUGGAAGGAGAUUCUGUCACGCUACACACUGAUGCAGAAAUACACACAGAUGAUCUGAUAGUGUGGAGGUUUGGAGAUAAAGGCAUACUCCUGGCUAAACUCGAUGUAGGGACUAAUGAGAGCUCAUUAAAUGAUGCUGAUGAGAGAUUCAAAGAUCGACUGCAGCUGAAUCAGACUGGGUCUCUGACCAUCAAGAAGACCAGAACUGAACACACUGGACUUUAUGAAGUACAGAUCAGAGGCAGUGAGAGCUCACAGCGAUUCCUUCUCUCUGUCACUGCAGCUCCCAUUCAGGUUCUGUCUCCUGGUGCUAUAGCAGGGAUAACUGUUGCCGUUCUGCUGGCGGUUGCAGUUUUGAUUCACUGUCAGUGCAGAAUCUCUAAACUAAAAAAACAAGUGGGUGAAGAUAAGUCAGCGAAGGAAGGAGAAUCUGUCACUCUACCGACUGGUCUUACUGAAAUACAUAAAGAUGAUAAGAUACAAUGGUGGUACGAAGAUGAAAACAAUCUCAUUAUUUUUUGGUGGUGA